UAUGCUUGACAUCAGUCUAGUCUCCACCCAAAUCCAUAAAGACCUGUGCGCCUCGAAACUUCGCCGGGCCAUUGCGCUUCGCGACUCCGGCACGCUUCACGAGGAGCUGCGUCGCAGAGACAAUGGCUCCACCUUCUCCAGACGCAAACCCCACCGGCGUCAACGAGUUCGCCAACGAUGUUGCCGCGCAGAUGGAGGGCUUUGCCCAAGCUACGGACAUCGCCGAGGAAGCUAUCGCAAGAGACCUAGAGGACGACGACUCCGAGACUGACCCAGACGAUACGGAUGCCGACGAUGGGUCGUCGUCGGGCUCGUCUACUAUCCGCCAGUACUCCAUGAUCAACUCGUACCGCCGCCCGUCGUACGUCAACCCCGGCCAACGCGGCCUGGCGAUUGUGUCGACCAGUGCGCCGCAGGGCCAUUCGUUUCUGUCCACGUCGGCGAAGAAGCACAAUUACCUGUCGAAAAAGGAGCGCGAGGCUGUCAGGGAGGACGAGCGGAGUUUGCUCCGCGAUAACAAUCUGCUGCCGAAGCAGACGCGGUCGGGCAGCGUGGGGCCUGCGACCAGGAUUGGGCCCAAGACGUCGUUUUCGAUUCUGAAGCGGGCCCGCAGCACGCCGGACGAAGAGACUGGGCGGGACGCGGCGGAGCACGAUGCGCUGCUGGGGGAUGCUGGGGAUGGGGAGACGCCGUUCGACACGCGCAAAACGAUCAACAAGAAGUGGAACGAGGCGGUGGCCGCGGGGAAGAUCAACACGAGCUGGAAGCGCGAGACCAAGGUCUUGAUGAAGAGCUCGGCCCCGAUGAUCCUCACAUUCCUGCUGCAGUACAGCCUGCCCGUGGCCAGCAUCUUCACCGUCGGCCACAUCGGCAAGACAGAGCUCGGCGCUGUGUCGCUCGCGUCCAUGACCGCCUCCAUCACUGGCUAUGCCGUCUACCAGGGCCUCGCGACCUCCCUCGAUACGCUGUGCGCCCAGGCCUACGGCUCCGGCCGCCCGCACCUCGUCGGCCUGCAGCUGCAGCGCAUGCUCGCCUUCCUCCUGCUCAUCACGAUCCCCAUCUCCAUCAUCUGGGCGUUCGGCACGCAGAUCAUCUCGCUCAUCGUACCCGACCAGGAGACCGCGCGCCUCGCCGGCCUCUACCUGCGCGUCCUCAUCUUCGGCGCGCCGGGCUACGCCGCCUUCGAGUCCGGCAAGCGCUUCGUCCAGGCCCAGGGCCUCUUCAGCGUCAACAUGUACAUCCUGCUCGUGUGCGCGCCGCUCAACGCCUUCCUCAACUGGCUGUUCGUCUGGCACCUGCGCUGGGGCUACGUCGGCGCGCCCAUCGCCGUCGCCAUCACCGAGAACAUCAUGCCGCUGAUGCUGUUCCUGUACGUGCGCUUCAUCGACGGCUACCAGUGCUGGGGCGGCUUCGACCGCCGCGCCCUGCGCAACUGGACCCCCAUGAUCAAACUCGCACUGCCAGGCCUCUCAAUGGUGCUCGCCGAAUUCCUCGCCUUCGAAGUCCUGACCCUCUCGUCCUCGUGGCUCGGCGCAAACGAACUCGCCGCCCAGUCCGUGCUGGGCUCCAUCACGGGGCUGACGUUCCAGAUCCCGUUCCCGAUGAGCGUCGCAGCAUCGACGCGCAUCGCGAACCUGAUCGGCGCGACGCUCGCCGUGCCCGCCAAAACCGCCGCCAAAGUCGCCAUCGCCGCCUCCAUCAUCGUCGGCUUCGGCAACCUGCUCCUGCUCUCGCUGCUGCGCAACUGGAUCCCGCGCCUCUUCACCCCGGACGAGGAGGUCAUUGCGCUCGUCGCCCGCCUGCUGCCGCUGUGCGCCACGUUCCAGGUCUUCGACGCGCUGGCCGCGAACUGCAACGGCAUCCUGCGCGGCCUGGGGCGCCAGGAGAUCGGCGGCUACGUGGGGCUGGUCGCGUACUACCUGAUCGGGAUGCCGAUUAGUUUCGGCACCGGGUUUGGCGCGCACUGGGGGUUGUUUGGGCUGUGGGCGGGGCCGGCGGUGGCGCUGGGCGUUGUGAGUCUGGUGGAGAGUGUGUUUAUUGCGCGGAUGAGUUGGGAGGGGGCCGUGGAGAUGGCGAAGAUUAGGAAUGCGGCGAAUUAGGGGUUGGUUUGCAUGAGGGAGAGUAAUUGAUUGGAUUGUUCAUGUGAGAGAGCAUAUGUGCGUGUGUGUGUGUGUGUGUGCGUGUGCUAUUGAGCGGUUACGGCAGGACGGGAGAGUCGCGCCCGACGAUAUAUUCCGUGAGACACAUCCGUGGCAACGCAGUCAACCCCAUGACGAACACCCGCCGCACAGGCGCCGCAACCGUAGUACCGCGAGACUAGAUCAGUGGGAUCCCC